GCGCAUGCGCAUCAGUGCAGACUUCGUGAAUGCGUAAAUUGGAGUGACUCCCGAUGUUGUGUUGUCGAAUAUAAAAACAGUGACUGGUCAGUGGUCACACCACACACUCGUGAGAAAUCCUAUGAUCCAACUGACACCCUGCUGUCCUGUCAACACAGGAUCGCUUGCUUUCAUUGGAGAAAGACAACGGUGCACCAUUUACUGCUUACAGUUUACUGCGGUUGUGACUUGAUAGACAGGUAUCACCAUGCCAAAAGUUGUGUCUAGAAGCAUCGUAUGCUCCGACACAAAAGACCAAGAAGAAUACAGUGAGGAAAAACCUCUGAACGUGUACUAUUGCUUGUGCGGUAGUAUGGCUAUGAUUUUAGAUUGUGCCAUCGAGAAGCUACCUCUGCGUCCAAGAGAUGGGGCACGCGUGAUAGACGGAGCAAAGCACGCUCACAAGCUUUCAUAUAAUGCAGAUGAGACCACUUACAUCAAACGGCAAGAAGGCAUUGAGCGCCAGUAUAGGAAGAAAUGCAAGAAAUGCGGCAUGUUGCUCUUCUAUCAACACGAUACCAAAAGCACCGUGACCUUUGUGGUGAAAGGCUCGGUGUUCAGGGCGGGAGAAGGACCACUCAAGGGAGGUGUGGUGCUACAAGCUGCAGUUGAACCCAAGAAGAUUAUGGUUACAAAGCACACAAAGAACAUGGGAAAAUUCAGUUCUGUCACUGUUUCCACCAUCGAUGAAGAGGAGGAAGAGAUUGAGGCCCGAGAAGUUGCAGACUCGUACGCGAACAAUGCGAGAAUCAUCGAGAAGCAGCUGGAACGGAAAGGGAUGAACAAACGCAAGCUUAUGGAACAGGCUGCCCAUGCCGAACAAGAAGCGAAGAAGAAGAUCAUCAGGGGCACGCUUAUAGACAAAUAAUUGGCAACAUUUGUAUGCUUGUACAUAAUAAUGUUUCAUUUCUCAUCUCU